GGGGCGGCAGCACCAUGGAGAGCUGCCGGGCGCUGGCGCUCUGCGCCGUGGCGGCCGCGCUGCUGCUGGGCGCCCGCGGGCAGGGGCCGACCCCGCCGCGCCGCGCCCGCGACCUGGGGCCCCCCGGCGGCGGCGGCGCCUCCCGAGAGAAGGAGCUGAUUGAGGCGCUGCAGGAGGUGCUGGAGAAGCUGAAGAGCAAGCGGGUCCCGCACUACGAGAAGAAGUUCGGGCAGGUGCCCAUGUGCGACGCCGGGGAGCAAUGCGCCGUGAGGAAGGGGGCCCGCAUCGGGAAGCUCUGCGACUGCCCCCGGGGGACUUCGUGCAAUUCCUUCCUCCUCAAGUGCCUGUAGGCGGGGCCGCCCCGGGACAGGCCGCCGGGAGCGCAGGCACUGGCGUCUCCCCGCCUCGACGUGCCGGCCCGGGGCGGUGGCGGAGAGUUCCCGUGGCUCGUCCGCCCGAGAAACGCAGCGAGGAGCCCCCGCGUCGCCCGUGUAACGCCGUCCGUGACAUCCAACAUCCGUGGAGCUGUUUUCUUUCUCUCUUCCCCACACCCCUUCCCCUCCCUCCCCUCCUUCCCAAUCUGAUUUUGUCCAUGCAGGGAAAGCCCAGACCGUGCCUUCCCCAGUAGAGGUGCCGGCACCGGGAGCUGCAGUGCCAUACCGGCGCAGAGUCGGGUCGUGCCGAGCCGUGCUCGGGAGCGGGGCUAGCCCCGCCGGGAUGCCCGACUCCUUCCUGUGGCGGGGAGCAACGUCCCACUGCCGGCCGGCGGGGCUGGCCCGGGGGGAUCCCCUGGGUGGUUGCAGGGGUGGGCUGUAUGUGUUCAAAGCACCCUGACCCCCUCUUUCUUGCCCCGCAGCUGAGAGGGCUCAACUCGGCUCACCCCGGAGGGAGCAGUACCCAGCCACCAGCAGUAUCCACCCGCACCGCCGGUUUCCAGCCGCGCUCACCCUGCGCUGGAGAAAGCCCCGCAGGGGAUACGGGUGGCAUUCAGGGGUCCGGCACUAGCCUGGCUGGGGUGGGGCUGGCGGGGGAAAUCGGUUGCUUCACUGGAGCCACCACGGAGAGGAAGCUGUCUGGAUCCGUUGCAAACUACCAGGGGAUAUCCUAGUCAUGUAGACCAAAAUGCUCAUGUUUCUACAAUGAACUGAUGUAUAUAAAUGUCUGUCCCCCACAGGUACACUGUGUGUUUCCUCAAACUCAUAACAUGUUUUAAUCCUUUGUUUGUCUCCGUUAAUA